AUGAAAAUCAAUACCAUAUACCACAAACCGGAAGAAAUCUGUAAGGAAAGAAAAAAAGACGUUCAGUAUGUGAGCUUUUCCAAGGACGAGACUUAUCAUCCAUUCAUGAGGGAAAGGGAGUUUGUAAGGGCGCUCAAUGCAACUAAGAUUGAAAGGAUGCUAAGUAAGCCAUUUGUUGCAGCGCUAUCUUAUCAUAAAGAGGGGAUACAUGUUCUUACAAGGCAUCCUCGUCGGUCCUUGUUUGCAUCUGGAAGCUUUGAUAACCAGGUGGUAUUGUGGGACAUGGAGGAGAGGAGUCUUAUUGAAAGAUUUGAAUGCCAUUGCUCCAUCAAAGGUCUUGGAAUGGACACGGAGGGAAAUGUAUAUGCGGGGCAGGGAAAGCAGGUUAAAAAACUAGGGAGUUCACAAGCAUAUUCCUGCAAUUCAGAAGUGCUAGGCCUAGACAUUAUGGAGACACUUAAUGUGGGAACUUCUGGAGGAAUAGAAAUAUUUGAUAUUGAAAGAGAGUUCUCGAAGCAGAAAAUAAGCACAAAGUAUCCUUUAUGCAUAAGUACAAGCCCAGUGAUAAAGAAUAUAAUAGGGGUUGGGGAGCAGGGAGGUCUUUCUCUGUUUGAUUCUAGGGUUGGAAAGAUAGCCUACUCUGUAUCGGUGGGAAAUAAGACUAAUGAUAUAUCGUUUAGUCCGAUGGAUGGGCAUAUAUUUGCAUCGGCGGAUGAAGAUUUCUGCAUCUAUUUACAUGACAUAAGGUAUCUGGAUGAACCAAAGGGAAUAUACAGGGGCCAUGGAAAUGCGGUUGUUUCAGUGUCAUUCAAUCCACUUGGGACCGAGAUAGCAUCUGGAAGUUUUGACAAGACAAUAAGGAUUUUUGGAAUUAACGAAAGAAAAAGUAGAGACACCUACUAUAACAGACGAAUGCAUAAUGUAUUUGGUGUAGAGUAUUCCCACGACUCUCAAUUUAUUGUGUCAGGGAGUGAUGAAGGAUCGAUAAGACUGUGGAAGAGCCAUGCUUCGAAAAAGUUAGGUCCAUUGAGUAGAAAAGAAAAAGACGCCUUUAGAUACUCCGAGGUUCUAAAGGAGAAAUACAAGGAAGUUCAUGAAAUAAGCAGAAUAUCUAGGCAUAGGUUCCUUCCCAAGCCAUUAAAAAAUACACUCAAGAGAAUCCACGAAUCAUAUGAAGGAGCCGAAAGAAGACGAAAGGCGAGAGAGGAAAGCAAUCAAGAUAAUUUAUAG